CUUAAAUUCAUCCGUAAUUGAAAUCAUGAACUAUUCAUCAGUAUUUAGUCUAUUAGCCGUGUUAAUUAUUUGUAUCACGGGAAUCAGUUGUUAUCCAAAUUUGUACUCCAGGGAUGCACUGCCUCGUAAGAUCAACUUAAUUUAACUACUGUAAAUUUUCCAUUAAUUUUCAUACUUCACUUAUCCUUACAGACGUUAACUUUCAUCUCAUCAUCGCACUCAUUUCCGGUCGUUCCAUUACAGUGGUCGAUCUAACCAUGAAUUUGUCAAAGCUGUUUCCGCCGCUGAAAUGCCAAAUCUGAAGAAGUCCGAAUCAGAAGAUUCUAAUCCUCAUAAAAAUCCACAAGGACGAAGUUUCGAUUUCAAAAUGCCUGACUUUCCUGAAAUGAAGAUGGACAUGGAUUUUCCCGAGAUGAAUUUCCCCACAAUGGAUAUGGCCGAUGCUAUGAAAAUGCCCGAUAUGUCGAUGUCAGAGACGAGUGGAAAUGCACAAAAGAAGAAAAAUAAAGGAAAGAAUGACAAAAAUCCACCUGCUAAGAAGAAUUCUAAGACGAAAAGUAAAAAGAAGCCACAGAAAAAGAAAAAUCCGAAAAACAAACCUCAGAAAAAGAAAAAUUCCAAGAAGAAGCCCGGGUCUAAAGAACCCUCGCCAAAGUCGAGCCAAAAGCCUGUCAAGUCCGUCACGAAGGAUAAAGAUGGCAACGUUUCUGUCACCGUUGUCGCGACGGGAGAUCAAGAUGCCAUUGCAUUUGCUUCCGACGGAGAUUCUGGUGACAUGGAGAAGGAAAUGGCCAAAAUGAAGGCUGACAUGGAUGCAAUGAUGAUGUUUUAG